AUGAUUCCUGAGAAUCAGACUUCCAGCAGGGAUUUCAUUCUUCUGGGACUGUUCUCUUCCUCCCACACCAGCCUGGUCUUCUUCUCCUCUCUGUUCAUCGUUUUCAUCCUGACUGUCACAGAAAACACCCUCCUGAUCCUCCUCAUCCACAGGGACUUCCACCUCCACUCCCCAAUGUACUUCCUGCUCAGCCACCUCUCCUUCAUGGACAUCUUGCACAUCUCCAACAUCAUCCCCAAAGUGAUCACCAACUUCCUGUCUGGCACCAGAACUAUCUCCUUUGCAGGCUGUGGAUUCCAGGUCUUCCUGUCCCUCAUCCUGCUAGGUGGUGAGUGCCUUCUCCUGGCUGCCAUGUCCUAUGAUCGCUAUGUGGCCAUCUGCCACCCUCUGCACUAUGUCAUGCUCAUGAGUGACAGUGUCAGUGUGCUCCUGGCCAUGGGGUCCUGGCUAGUGGGGACCCUGAACUCCAUAGUCCACACAGCCUAUGUGCUCCACUUUCCCUUCUGUCACUCCAGGACAAUUGAUCACUUCUUCUGUGAAGUUCCUGCCAUGCUGAAGUUGUCAUGUGUGGACACGUCACAGUAUGAACAAGGAAUUUAUGUAAGCGGCAUUAUUUUCCUGUUGAUCCCUUUCUCCAUGAUCUCUGUAUCUUAUGUCAAAAUUCUACAUACAGUCUUGCAAACAAAAUCCUCAGAGGCCAGGAAAAAGUCCUUUUCCACCUGUUCCUUCCACAUGGUUGUGGUCAUCAUGUACUAUGGGCCCUUUAUUUUCACAUACAUGAGACCCAAAUCCUACCACACUCCAGGCCAGGAUAAGUUCCUGGCCAUAUUCUACACCAUCCUCACACCCACCCUCAACCCUAUCAUCUACAGCUUCAGGAAUAAAGAUGUUCUGAAGGCCAUGAAAAAUAUGCUCAAUUGUAUUCCCCUGGCUAAAAAAUGA